CACCGGGGCACCAUCCACUCACCCGGAAGGAGAAGCCGAGACCGGCUAUAUGGUGGGGUUCUGGCGGUGUCGCUGUGGGGAGUGGGUGCUGCUCUCAGGGGCCAGCCCGGAUCAUUUGUUGGCAGUACAUAUUGGCUGAAGUCAGGUUUCAUUUCAAGAUGUGUUCUUCCAAUGGGCUUUUGGUGUAGGAUGUUGGAGAACCAAGAGCAGGAGGAGGUGAUCACUGUGCGUGUUCAGGACCCCCGUGUGCAGAAUGAGGGCUCCUGGAAUUCUUAUGUGGAUUAUAAGAUAUUCCUCCAUACCAACAGCAAGGCCUUUACUGCCAAGACAUCCUGUGUGCGUCGCCGCUACCGUGAGUUUGUGUGGCUGAGAAAGCAGCUACAGAGAAAUGCUGGUUUAGUGCCUGUACCUGAACUUCCUGGGAAGUCAACCUUCUUUGGCAGCUCAGAUGAGUUCAUUGAGAAGCGACGACAAGGUCUGCAGCACUUCCUCGAAAAGGUCCUGCAGAGUGUUGUUCUCCUGUCAGACAGCCAGUUACACCUCUUCUUGCAAAGCCAGCUCUCAGUGCCUGAGAUAGAAGCCUGUGUCCAGGGCCGAAGCCCCAUGACCGUUUCUGAUGCCAUUCUUCGCUACGCUAUGUCCAACUGUGGCUGGGUCCAGGAAGAGAGGCAGGGUUCUUCUCACUCGGCUAAAGGAGACCAGCCUAAGAGUUGCUGCUUUCUUCCAAGAUCAAGCAGGAGGAGCUCUCCGUCACCUCCUCCUGAGGAAGAAAAGGACCAUUUUGAGGUGUGGGCUCCCGUUGUUGACUCUGAGGCUCCUUCUUUGGAAAGCCCCGCUCUCCCACCCCCUACCUCACCCUCAUGCUGUGAUUCUGCAAGACCUGAUGAGGGACCCUCUGCUCCUCAGCCUGUGAGGAGAGCCGAAGGAGGGGACCAUGCUGUGCCUUUGGAUCCUGGACAGUUAGAAACAGUUUUGGAAAAGUGAGCUCUGGUCCGAGCUCUGGGUUCUGCUCCGAGGUGGAUGGAGAAGAUGCAGGCAAGGAAUCUUACUUGGGUGGGAUUGGGCACAGGGCAAGUGUUGGAGAGGUUGGACUGCUAAGUGUCGAACUUCUGCUUGGGUUGGUUGUACAGAGGUCGGUCACAAAUCCUCAAGCUUCCUCCACAGGAGUAAACACUGUGUGGAUGUUUAUAAGUUAAGCAGAAGGCCCAGGGGCUGUUGUUGGUUUUGAACAGAAUCCUGUGUUUACUAUCUUGGGAGCUGAGUUUCUUUAGACGUUUGUUAAUGGGCCCAGGAGCACUGCCUCAGGUGACUGGUUUUGGAGACCUGUAAGUGGCGGCUUUUAAGCUGCUGCAUUGAAUAUUGUCCCAAGAAAAAUGCUUAUGUAGCUGUAUUCCCACUGGCUCUGUUUUUGCUGCAGGCACUGGAGCAUUUUGUUUCCAGGAGGCUGGCCCCUUCUCUACCUCCUUGCAUGGACAGGGUGGUGAAUAUUUAUUCUCUCACCUCCUUGCUUUUCCUCCACUCAUUCCAAUGGACGGAGAGGUGCUGUGACUCCUGUUGCUGGGGUUCCCUGCAUAUCCCAAGACUUCAGCCUGGCUUUGUGGAGCCCGAGACCAAUAAAAUAGCUCAUGGCCAGCCGUGAAAGAGAAGAGGUCGUUUGCAGACAGUGGAAAGUUAACAGCUUGAGGAGCUUUGUUUUGGAAAAGGCUGUUCUGGGCUGUCACUGUCUUUUAUGGUUAUAAAGCAGAGACGUGAUCAUUUUUUCUGUAGGGGUAUCAUGGAUUCUGUUUUUUUUCAAAUCCUUUUCUUCUCCCUUAGUAACAGCUCCCUGCCCCUAGGGCUUCAGCCACCACAGUGUCCCUCUGCUGUGUUGCAGGGAGGCCGUAUGUUCGGUCCAAUGGGGUGCAAGGGCUUUGUUUCUGCCUGGAGAGAGGACUCUGGGGAUGGAGAUGAGGAACAACACGCCUUCCUUCAGACAAUGAGGCAUUCUGCCCUCCUGCUGCCAUAAUUCCUCUCCGCUGAGAGCCGGAGCCUGUAGGAGAUGAGUGCUGCCAGCAUUCUGCAUUGCUCUGCACUUAGGUUUGUGUGUGGUUCUUCUUCUUGCCCUCUCCUCCCUCCUCUGACCAUCCCACCCUGUCUGUGGGCUCUUUUACUACCAGCCUAUGCUGUGGGACUGUCAUGGCAUUUAGUUCGGAGUUGAGGGGUUUUGGCCUGAAAUAAAAUUCAACUAUUUAA